AUGGACAAUGACGAACGAGGUUUUGAUCUGAAUGAAGAAGAUAUGCACAAAGUUUUACGUGAUAAAAUCCGUUUGGAACUGGAGUUUAUUAACAAAGUUACUGGUUUACGUUUUCUGGAGAUACCCCAACCACCAGAAGAUGAUAAAAGUAGAUGGGUCUUCUUCAUCAAUAGAAAGGGUCUCCAAGGCUGUGUUGAUCUUGCUUUCAACAACUUUACCACUGAAGGUGUACAGAGAGUUGUUUUGGGUUACGAUUGUCUAUCAGACGGAAAUUUAGCUGGUAUAGUUCUAGCGAUAGUCGGAGUACCUCCACAACAUAAUGCACCAAAUCGUGAUGAACAUAUCAAACUUCACAAAGAAAAUAUUUUGCCAGAUAAAUUGUACUUAUUUGAAAUUUUAAAGGAUGAUGAGUGGCUUUUCCAUGACAUGCAAUAUGACACACAUAGCGCUGGUCAUUAUCUUCCUCAUCAAUAUACAUCUAACGGAGCUGCGACGAUAACGAUGCUAGAAUCAAAACGGCUCACUCCUGGAUUUCAAAUAAAUUCUGGUAAAAAACUAAGCUCUAUAGACAUUAAAAAAAUCAAAAGUCUCUAUAACUAUAUAUCAAGACAACGAGAAAGCCCGAAACAAGUACCAGGGUGUGAAAAAUUAUUUCAACCUGGUUCUAAUAUAAGUAAUUUUGAAGUUGCUCCUCCUAAGAUAAAGCCUUUGAAAAAACCAAGUAAAUAUUUAGGUGUUGAAAACACAAAUGACCAAUCGGAAAAAAAAGAAACAGAAGAAAAUGAAAAAGCAUCUAAAAGUGAUAUAGAUAUUGCGUCUAAUAAAGGUAACGCAUAUCAAGAGGAAAAUGAAUCUGUCGCUGAAGAAAAUUUACCAAAAGAAGAAAAAACAUCUAAAGAAGACGACAAAAAUGAUAAAGUUCAAAAUACUGCUCAAAAUAAUAGUAAUAUUAAGGAAGAUACUGAUAAUAUUAAAGGUGAGAAAGAAAAUAAAGACAACAUGGAUAAAAAUGCAUUAAAUAAUGUUAUGAAUGAUGAUUAUGAAUCCCCUGUAAUAUCACGAGAAAAGUAUACUUUAACACAUUUAGUUGAUAAGAAGGCAUCUAUUUUAGAUCGAUCUGAUUAUCAAACAGGAGAUGAACAGGGU